GUGAUUGAGGCUUCUCCCUCUUUCAUUACUCCUUCAUAAACCUCUCGAGCUUUUUCAUUCCUCUUCUUCCAAUUCUUCUCUCUCUCUCUCUCUCUCUCUCUCUCUCUCUCUCUCUCUCUCUCAUUCUACACUGCGGUGCAGUACUUAAGAUCGAGUUAUGGACAGACAUCACCGCAAGCAAUUCAAAAUCAUCACCACGGCUGAAUCUGAAGAGGUAAGCAGCAUAGAGUGGGAGAAUAUAAGCAUGAGCGAGCAGGAAGAAGAUCUUAUCCUCAGAAUGCAUAGGCUUGUUGGGGACAGGUGGGACUUGAUCGCCGGUCGGAUUCCGGGCCGGACCGCAGAGGAGAUAGAGAGGUUUUGGAUACUGAGAAGCCAUCACAAGAAAGAGGCCUCCAAAAGGAUUUCCUAAAGUAUUGAGUUCUUUUGGCUAUUUCAAAUAAUUGGCAUUUUUCUUCCAUCUCUUGCUGCCAUUCUGUGGAAUAGUUCUAUCAGCAGUCUAAUUUUUUCCAUUGAAACACUUAAAGAACUGUGCUUUUUAAUUUCUCUGCAUGGACUUUAUGCAGCAAAGCAAGAAACAGAAAGUUCCAGCAUAGUCCUACAUGCAAAUACAGAGAAGGCAAGAUAUUUCAGUAGUGGGGAAAAGAAGCUAAUGCAUCCCAUUCAUCAGAAA